AUGGAUUGCUCAAUCUGCACCACAAUUCCAUCUAUUUUAAGGCCACCAAGGAACACAAUAUGCGGCUCGUGCUACGAAGGGGCUAGAACCACUAUCGAGCUGCUCAAGAAGCUCGAGGACUCGAAAGAAGUUCAUGACAAACCUUCUGAUAAGUCCACCGUCAACAACGGCUCCUCUCUUUCUGCUUCUCCUUUAUUUUCUUGUGAGCCGCAACCAUUAGAGAAGGUGAUCAAAUGGAUGAAAAAAAUGAAAGAAACCGAAGAGGAGCAGAAGAAAAGAAUAGUCUUCUUGAGCAGCUUUGUCUCUGGUUUCCAAGAACAACUUCAUGCUGAUAUUCAUUUAAUACCUGGCGAUGAUGGCCCUCCGAUUCCUGCACAUAGAGCUUUGCUGGCUUCAAAAUCCGAGAUCUUCAAGAAUAUUCUAGAUUCAGACGGAUGCAAAACCGCUCCAGAAUACGCCAUAACGCUCCAAGAACUGAGCUCCGAGCAACUUCAAGCUCUCUUGGAGUUUCUUUACACUGGUACAUUGGCUUCAGACAAGUUGGAGAAGCAUGUCUAUGCGUUGUUUGUUGCAGCUGAUAAGUACAUGAUUCAUUACUUACAAGAGUUCUGUGAGCAACAUAUGCUGAGGUCUUUGGAUAUCUCUAGCGUUCUUGACGUUCUUGAUGUUUCGGAUCUUGGUUCGAGCAAGUUGCUGAAGGAAGCUGCUUUAGGAUUCGUGGUGAGGAACAUGGACGACAUCGUUUUCUCGGAUAAGUACGAAGCUUUUUCUCAGAAGAACCAUCAUUUAUGCGUGCAAAUUACUAGAGCGUUCUUGACAGAAGCGAGAAAUAAGAGACGUGAUUAG